AUGGCAAGAUCUCACAGCCCCAGCCUCUCUGAAGACUGGGAGGAGAUCUCAGACCGCUUCUCCGUGAUCUCCCUCCCGGACACUCCUCGUUUGUCUCCCAGAAUUGGCCCGGCUAAUAGCAAGAUCGCAGUGCCAGCCGUUGCCAAGCUGAAUGAGAUUGCGGCUCGUCCUGACCGUACCAACGACUACAAUGAGCAAUUCUCUACGUCUGAUAGUCACUCCAAACUUGAUGACGAUCGUACCGCUGGCAGAACGCAAUCUUCCGAUGAAGACCAAGCCAAUCAGAGGAGUCAAGAGGACGAUCCUUCACAGCCUGCCAUCCAAAAACAUGCUUUCUCCUCAACAACAGCCAGACCCAGGCCCAUCCCCAGGCCCAUUCCACGCAUUCCGCCAUCCUCCUAUACAUCACCAUCCCCCACCGUCACAAGCACCAGACCAAUCUCCCGCAGAUUCUCCCCCCUCCGCCAAAUCUCACGACCAACCCCCGCCGAACUUGCCUCUCCGGCCAUGCGAAACACGGUCUCCCCCGUCGUCAACAUUACCACCACCUCCUCCCUCAACUCCACUCCCAACCCCAGCCCCGAUUCCUUUACCUCGCCCUCUCAAACCGCCCGACCUCCCCUCCGCCUGCCCUACAUAACCCCUUCCUCCCUCCGCACCCUGCUCAUCGAAACAGCGAAAGAAUUCGGCGAGACUGCACGGAAAUCUCCCCUCACGGAGCGCACUUCCAGUCUGUGUCAGCAGCUCGAGCUGAUGGUCUACUCAUGGAAGGGGAGAAGCCAGAAUUACAAAUGGUGUGCGGAGAUGUAUGAGUUGGUGAGAGAGUUGAGGGUUAAGACGAGGCAGGCGGUUGAGCGGGAGAGGAGGGGGAAGAAGUGCUUGCCGGAGUGUAGGGAUACUAGGGAGGUGGAUGAGGUUUACGAGAAGGUGAUGGAGUUGUGGAAGGGGAGGGAUGGGACCAGUUGGAGGGGGUCGGGGAUAGGGAGUGGGGGGAGGGUGACAGGGUGGAGGGUGAUUUCGCCGCGCGGAGGGGGGAUGACGAUGACGGGGAGUUUGGAGACACAGACAGGGUUGUUGGAAGGGGAUGGGAAUCGGAGGAUGUCGGAGGAGAGUUGUUAUGGGACAGAGGAUAAUUCGGCUGGGUAUGAUGGGUACUUUGGGGACUUAGAACCGGUUGUGGCGCGCGAGAGAAAAGCUUGUAGGCACCCCUCGCUGGAGUCGGAGCGAGAGAUGAUGGAGAGGCCUCCGCCUUACAAAGAACGGAGCCGACUGGCUGAACCGGCUGGCGGUUACCCAGCACCCGUGAUUCAGAUACCCCCUCCGCCGCCGGUCGGGUGGGCAUUUUAUCCGGAACCAAGGAGUUACCAGGCAGAGGGAAGGUAUUGGGGAAGGGAGCGGUCAACUACUGCUCCUGGUGUUCAGGAGGAGCUCGCUUUCUGGAGGAGGAUGGAUGGGGUGGCUGAGGCGACAGGGAGAAUGAGGGAUAAGGUUAUUAGCGGCGGUCGUGGGGAGACUGGCACAUGUAUGGAGCAUGUUGCGGGAAGGGAUGGUGACGGUUGGGGUGAGGAUGAGGAGAGUUUGCCGAGGGCCCUCUCGAGUCUGGAACCGGAGACACUCAGCGGACAAACCAUUCUUGAGACCGCCGCAGCUGUGGUCAGGAUGGUGGCUGGUAGCCUAGAUGUCUAA